UGUUGAGGGUUGUCUCCCAUCUAUAAACAUCUUUGUAACGUGGAAGAGAUACCGGUUCAAGUUCGGUGCAUCAUUUCAAUAUGGGAGGGUCUUUGAGCUCUGAGAUACCAGGUGGUGGAACGGAGGGUUAUCACGUGCUUCGGGUCCAAGACAACUCACCUGGCUCUCAUGCUGGCCUGGAGGCAUUUUUUGACUUCAUCGUGGCCAUAGGGAAUACAAGAUUGAACCAGGACAAUGAGACGUUGAAGGAGCUUUUGAAGACGAACAUCGAGAAGCCGAUGAAGAUGACGGUGUACAGCAGUAAGACGCAGGGUGUCCGCGAGGUCACCAUCAUGCCCAGUCAUAACUGGGGCGGCCAGGGUCUGCUCGGUGUCAGCAUCAGAUUUUGUUCUUUUGAAGGGGCCAAUGAGAAUGUGUGGCACAUAUUGGAAGUACAGCCGAACUCUCCUGCAGAUAUUGCUGGUUUGAAAUCGAACACGGAUUACGUCAUUGGUGCAGACUCGGUCCUUCAUGAGUCGGAAGAUCUCUUUACGUUGAUCGAAUCUCAUGAGGCGAAACCGUUGAAGCUGUACGUGUACAACAUUGACUCUGACACGUGUCGAGAGGUGACCGUCACCCCUAACAACAACUGGGGAGGAGACGGAAGUCUUGGUUGUGACAUUGGUUAUGGAUAUUUGCAUCGAAUACCAAAACAGAGACAGUUUCCAUCAGGCCCCACUCAGAAAUCACAAGAAGCUGGACCCUUGCCGGCAAAAUCCACUGACGGAUUUUCUGAGGUUCCUCUGAGUACAUCUCCACAAAGUGUCGCACCUGGAAUGGCGAAUCUUUCACUUAACACAGGAUCACCGACGAUACCAGUUAUUCCUCAGAAUAUGACUUUACCAGGAAUGGGCAUACCAGCCCAUCCCGCACCACUGCCUAAUUUCAAUGCUGCAAACCCAGCAUUUAACCCCAAUCUGCCGCCUCCCGGUACGAUACCGAAUUUACCCAACCUGACCGGUCUGACUACGUUACCACAGCCCGGCAUGCCACCCAUACCUAUGGCAACGGGAACAGUGACAUCCACUACGUCUUUACCAGGUAUGCCGAUGAAUUUGCCUCCCCCUGCUCCGUUACCAAACAUCGCUGUUCUACAAAACAUGGCUAACAUCGCGGCGUCCCAGUCUGCUGCUGCUUCUUCACCUGCAACCAACGGUCUGAUGCAACAAAAAGACGAACAGACAAAACAGACACUUCCUGUUGAUCAACCAGUCACGACGGCGGCAGAAGGGCCUGCUGAAAUCGCCACAGCAACAUCAUAACGGAAUAUAAAGACUUGAAAUUUGA